UGGUCUUCCGCUAUCCCCUCCAAAUUAAGCUUUCGAAGACCCAUGAGAUCUCCCACUCAUCCGUGGGCGGCCGUCACCCGAUUGUUCUCUACCUCUACCUCCCAAAAUGCCUCCUCUAAGAGGCCCCCGACAGUCCGAUCCCUCGCCUCUGCCGGUCGCAUCAAGGACGCGAUCCGGUACCUCAUCCUCCGCCGCCAUCUCGGCCGCCCGGUCUAUCCGGAAUGCUUCGUUGCCGUCAUCAAACACAGCGCGGCGCCGGAGACCCUGGGCGUCGCGCGGCAGCUCCACGCUCACAUGAUCAUCACGUGCUUCGAUCAGGAUCCCUUCCUCUGCAACCAUGUCAUCGACGUGUAUGGCAAGCGUGGCUUCCUGGGCGACGCGCAUUGGGUUUUCAGAAGGCUGGGGAGCAAAAAGUUGCAUUCUUGGAACAUACUGAUUGCUGGGUACUGCAAGUUUGGAUUUUUAAGCGAGGGGAGACUUCUGUUUGAUGAAAUGCCUAGGCGGGAUGCAGUUUCUUGGAAUACGUUAAUAGCGGCCUAUGAUCAAUGGGGACCGUGUGAGGAGGCGAUAGAGGUUUUUGCUCAUAUGAUGCGUUCCUGUUGUAUAGUGGAUCAUUUCGGUGUCUCAAGUGUGAUUAGUGCUUGUGCCAAUCUUAGAUUCGUGCAGAAUGGGAGCGUACUUCACGGGCUUUCUGUAAAGAUUGGACUUGACUCGCAUGUGCAGGUGGGUAGCGCUAUCAUUGGAUUAUAUUCGAAAUGUGAACAAUUGGAUGAUGCUAGAAGGAUUUUUGAUCAAAUGAAUGUCAAAGAAAUAUUUACUUGGAAUUCCAUGCUUCAUGGUUUUAUUCGGUGCUCAAAGAUUGGUGAUGCUGUUAAAUUCUUUGAGAACAUGCCACAUAAGGAUGUGGUCUCAUGGACAACGAUUAUGGCUGGUUGCUCUCAACAUGACAGGAAUGAAAAUGCAAUUUACUUCUUUCAGAAAAUGCAGCAAGAUGGGUUGAGGCUAGAUUGGGUGUCUUUUCUUAGUGUUUUAGAUGCAUGUGAGGGGUUGCUGGAUCUUGAAGAAGGCUCCAAGAUUCAUGCAAAGAUGGUUAAAAGUGGUUUCGGAGCUGACAGGAUUGUUGGAAGUGCAUUGGUCUCAUUAUAUGCAAAAUGUGGGUGUUUAACUGAUGCGAGAAGCGUAACCCACAGUUUGGCUGCUGUCGAUGACUUCUCAUGGAGUGUUUUGAUAGCUGAAUAUGUGAAGCAUGGAUGCUUGGAUCGUGCUUGUGAAUUGUUUGAUAGCAUGGCUAUCAAGACUGUCCCACUAUGGAAUGCUUUAAUUGGAGGUUGUGCUGCAGUUGGAUUAAGUGAAGAGGCUUCUGAAUCCUUUAAAAGAAUGCAGAUGGAUGGAAAAUAUGGUGAUAGCUACACCUUUGGGAGCCUCCUCCUCAGUGCUAUUCAUUUGGGAAGGCGAUUUGGUUCACAACUCCAUUCACACAUAAUAAAAUUGGGGUUUGACUCUUCUGUUUUUUUAGCUAGUGCUCUCAUUAACAUGUACAGCACCAAUUCAAAUUGUGAAGCAGCUGUCAGAAUAUUCAAAUUGGUCAAGGAUCCAAACCCCAUUGUAUGGAAUUCCAUGAUCUCUGGGUAUGCAUUAAAUAAUCUGGCUAAGGAUGCCAUGCUUACAUUUUCUCUCAUGGUAGCUUUAGGUAUGAAACCAGAUAAUGUCUCAUUGUCACUUAUUAUUGAUUUAUGCUCAAGAUUAUUGACCCUGCGUGGUGGAACACAGGUUCAUGCCUUUGCAUAUAAGUUGUGUUUUGAAUCGGAUGUCGUGGUUGGAAGUGCUCUCAUAGACAUGUAUGCAAAAUGUGGAAGCAUUGAUUGUGCAUCAUCUGCAUUUGCUGAUAUAUAUAGGCACACUGUUGUUAGCUGGACUGCAUUGGUAGGUGGUUAUAUGAGAUUGGGAUUGUGUGAUACAGCAAACAAGCUUUUCAAUAUCAUGCCUGAGCGCAACAUUGUUUCUUGGAAUGUAAUGAUUUCUGGAUACACAAAACAUGGCUUCGCAUCAGAAGCAUUGCAAAUAUACUCUCAAAUGGGUAAAUCAGGUCUACUGCCAGAUCUGAUAAGUUUUACCACUAUUUUAACAGCUUGCAGAAACUUUUUUCUAAAAGAAAGUGGAAAGCAAGUUCAUGCACAAAUAAUAAAGAACGGCUAUCAUGUGAAUCCACAAAUUAAUUUUUAUCUGACUUGUAUGUACCAGAAAUUUGGUGAGCUUUGGCAUACCAAAGAACUUCCUUCUGGCUCUUCUGAUUUGGUGGUUGUGGCUGCUGCAGAUAGAGCAGAACCAGAUGUUGUUACAGAGAACAUUGAACUUUUAGCAUCUGUCUACUUCAGCCACUUUGGCAGGACAAAUUUUCAACACGGAGCUGAUUAAUUAGUCCGGUUCUUUAUCAAUUGUUCAUCUCCUUAGGUGUUAUGCCAUGCAUUUUGAACUGCUGGUUGUCCAUAACAUUCUAUUUGAGAAUCAUGUGUUAAGAGCCAAGCCAGUCGAGCAAUAAAGCAAGCAAAAACAGAGACAGAGGGAAGAAUGAGGCAGGGAUGGCUCAGCAGAUGAUGGCAUUUUGAGAUUAAUGCCCAGUGCCAUAAUCAAAGCUGAUGAUCGUAAGCUAUGUCCUCCAUACCAAUCAAAGAUCCACGGACUACAGAUGCUCUCUCUUGAUGGCCUUUCGCCUCUUCAAGUGUCCUUUGUUCUCAAUGCCCACAACCAUCCGAUGCAUGGUUUUCAAUAAGCGUCCAUGCAUUUUGAAAUGAAUUUUGCUGAUCGUCCAUAACAUCCUAUUUGAAAGUCAUGUGUUCACUUGGUCAAAGGUGAACGAUAUUGAGAUAUCUCAAUUUAUUUCUUGUGAUAUCUGAAGUUAAAUGUCAAUUGUGAACGACUACGAACGGAAAAAUUUACUGCCUAUGAGCUAUUGUUGUA